AUGGCCUUGUCAUUGAGUGGAGACGAUGAGGAAUAUGAUUCAGAAUCCGAACAGCAGCGUGCCGCAAAUCGUCCGAAGUCCAAGAUGGCAACACCUUCGGCUGUUAAACUGCCAUCCAGUCGUAGCUCGUCAGGAGCCAGACGAAGAAGAACACGCUGCCGAAAGUGCGAGGCGUGCAUGCGGACAGAAUGUGGGGAGUGUCACUUUUGCAAAGACAUGAAGAAGUUUGGUGGUCCGGGCCGCAUGAAACAGUCCUGCAUUAUGAGACAGUGCAUAGCACCUGUUCUGCCACAUACAGCAGUAUGCGUGGUGUGUAAGGAGGCUGGGAAGGAGGAUACACUGGAGGAAGAGGAGGACAAGUUCAACUUCAUGUUAAUGGAAUGUUCUAUCUGCAAUGAAAUUGUCCAUCCCAACUGCCUCAAGGUGAGCGACGCUUCCGGUGUGGUGAACGAUGAGCUCCCAAACUGCUGGGAAUGCCCUAAAUGCAACCAUGCUGGAAAAAGUGGAAAACAAAAAAGGGGUCCAGGGUUCAAGUACGCCUCCAACCUCCCUGGCUCUCUGCUGAGGGAACAGAAGGUUGUGAAAGAUGAAGGGGACAUGUCUUCUUCACUUAAGAGAAGACCUGAGGAGACACCCAGGCAUCGACCUGAGGAGCCUCUCCACCGGCAGCCGCCCCUGCUGUCCCCCAGCAGCAUCCCCAGACCCCGACUAGAGGACAAACUGAGGAAGAAGAGGAAGCUCUUUGACGAAGAGGAGGAAGACGAUUUCAGAGGAAGAAAGGUUGGUGAAGGGUCGGAUGAGCCUUCUUUUUCAAAACUCCUUCAGCAAAUUAAGAUGGAAGAGGAAGAGGCAUAUGAGGACGAUGACGACGAUGGAAGGGAACUUCAUUUCCGAAGUUUUGUGGAGAGAAAUGGGCGCUUGGGUGGUACUGAGGACUUAGCAGAGGACAGAGACUUUAAGAUUGAUCUUAUAAAUACUUCCCUCAAAAUGCCUGUUGUGGACAGCGACCACUCCCACUGUAGCUCUCCGCAAGCCGGCCCUAGCAGUGAAGGUGGCAGCGAGACACAGGAGAAAGGCCCACGGCCCAAAGCUCGGCGCAAACGACGUUUACCUAAUAGGGAACUGAGCAGGGAGCUGAGCAAAGCACUGAACCAGGAAAUUCAGAAAACCGAAGACUGCCUGGCCAACGAGAACCGCCAACCUCUUAAGGUAGAGCCGGAGUCUGAAAACGAGGAACCGAAGAAGUUGUUUCGUAACAGCAGCGACAUUGGCGAGCAAAGAUCCCACCUUAAGACCAAAGAGAUGAAUGGCACCCCCUGGGAACUGCGCCACUUCUACCCCAGUCAGAUCACUCCGCUGGGUUUCAACAGGAGCACUCCAACCACCCGACCGGUGCCUCCGCGUUCGCCGCCCAAGUGUGUCCAAAUGGAGCGCCACGUCAUACGACCCCCACCAAUAAGCCCACCUCCUGACAGAUUGCCUCUGAAAGAUGGGAAAAUGCAUGUCAUCCAGCGGGAGGUCUGGAUGAAGAUAUUCAACCACCUUACACAUCAGGAGCUCUGCUGCUGCAUGAGAGUGUCCAAGACAUGGAACAGAUGGUGCUGCGAUAAACGACUCUGGACAAUGAUCGAUCUGAACCGCUGCACCUCCAUCACGCCACUCAUGCUGAGCGGGAUCAUUCGUCGACAGCCACUCUCUCUAGACCUGAGCUGGACCAACAUUUCGAAGAAACAAUUAAGUUGGCUGAUUAACCGUUUGCCAGGUCUGCGAGUGUUAAAGUUAUCAGGGUGUUCGUGGGCGGCUGUAUCUGCUCUUUGCACCUCCAGCUGCCCACUACUACGGACACUGGACGUCCAGUGGGUGGAGGGACUUAAGGAUGCACAGAUGAGGGAUCUCUUAUCACCACCCACAGAUAACAGGCCAGGUCAACUGGAUAACCGCUGCAAAUUGCGGAAUGUGGAGGAUUUGCGUCUGGCAGGCCUGGACAUCACCGACACGUCCUUACGGCUCAUUAUUCGACAGAUGCCUUUGCUUUCCCGGCUGGACCUUAGCUACUGUAACCAUGUCAAUGAUCAGUCAGUCAACUUACUUACGGCGGCGGGAACAACCACUCGAGAUUCACUCACAGAUAUUAACCUGUCAGUUUGUAACCGGGUCACGGAUCAUUCCCUGAACUUUUUCAAACGCUGUGGGAGCAUAUGCCAGAUUGACCUUCGCUUCUGCAAGCAGGUGACCAGGGCAGGCUGUGAGAGGUUCAUCGCUGAAAUGUCUGUAAGCGUGCCAUUUAGACUUAAGGAGGACAAACUGCUGCAGAAGACGAGCUAG